AUGUCAUCUGCAAAUUCAAACACUGAAAAAGGUUCUACUUCCGGAUCGCACGGAACAUCAGCAUUUAAUGCAUACAUGCUCUUUUGUACGCUCGUUGUUGGUUUGGGAGGUUUAAAUUGGGGAUAUGAAAAUGCCCUCGUUGGACCAAUUUCUGCCAUGAAAAGUUUCGUCCGUGAUAUGCAAGGAAUCAAUGCAGAUACCGGACAAUACGUUUUAACAGCACAUCAUCAAUCAAUCAUCUUUUCCGUUCCAUUAACGGGAACAGUCGUUGGUGCUUUACUUACCACUCCCGUACAAAAUCGAUUCGGUCGUAAAUGGGCUUUGCUUGGAUCUUAUUGUACUUCCAUGGGUGCCGUUUUCUUGCAAUUAUUUGCGCCUAAUUUCGUCGCUUUCGUUAUGGGUCGUUGGUGGAAUGCCGUAAGUUAUGGUGCUGCUUUGGCAAUCGCACCAAAUUUUAUGGCAGAUCUCGUUCCAGCAAAGAUGCGUGGUAGAUUCGUUUCAGGUGCCAAUAUUGCCACGAUUGCAAGUAGUGUUUUAGCAACGGUUGUUUGUUAUGCAGCACAAGAAACUCACGGUGAAGAUGCACUUUCGUACAAAAUUCCUCUUGCAGUUCAAGCUUCUUUGCCAUUUUUGAUGACAGUACCAACACUUUUCGUUUGUGAAUCACCUUCUUGGCUUCUUACCAAAGGUCGCGUUGAAGAUGCUCGCAAGACACUUCGUUCGAUUCGUGGCUUUAGCGAUGAAGAAGUGGAAAAAGAGUUGAAUGUCUUACAAGCAAUCGAAGAUGAAUCUCGUCAACGUGAGAACCCAAGAUUCUGGGAGAUUUACAAGCCUGAACAUAUUCGUCGUACUUUGGUUGGUGGAUCAAUCUUUUCGUUGAACCAAUUGUCUGGUAUCAUUCUCAGUACAACUUUUGCUGCCGUAUUUUUGACUCAAUUGGGAGCCGGUAAUCCGUUCUUGUUCUCGGUUAUUGGUAACUUGUGUUUGUUAGCAGGUACGAUUGGAGCACCUUUUGUUUUGGACAACUUUGGUCGUCGUCCAACAGCUUUGAUCGGUUUCUCAAUCUUAUUGGCAAUUGAUGCAACUGCAGGAGCAUUGGCAUUUUUUGCAAAGACGCAUCGUAAUGCUGCAAUUGUGAUUGCCGUUCUUUCAUUCGUUUUCAAUAUCGUUUGGACUUUGAGUUUCUAUUCGAUCUCUUUGUUGAUGCCAGCAGAAAUUCCAACUGAACGUUUACGUAAUCCAACAAUGACUCAUGCAAUCGGAUGUGGUCAAUUAACUGCAAUUUUGACAACUCUUGUUGUACCUUUGAUCACGGCAGAAGAUGCAGCAAAUUUAGGAGCAAAAGCAUAUUUGAUCUUUGGUGGAUUGAUGGCAGCAAUUUUAGUUUUAGCAGCAUUAUUGUUACCCGAAACCAAAGGAAGAACAAGUUUGGAAAUUGAUGAAUUGUAUGCUCGUCAUAUUCCCGCUUGGAGAUGGAAAGGAUUCGAAACGAGUGCAAACAGAUUGGCCGCUCAAGCACAGUAA